GCGCGUGCCUUUACCUUUAAGAUGCGUGGGAUAUUGCCACUUGUCCGUCCUAGGUUUUCACUGAAGUGCAAUCAGAUGUUUACUUGAGCAUGCUCAACACAAAUAGCCUCUUAAUGUUUCAUACAAAGGAUUGUUUGCUGUCUGGAAUGUAUUUGGAAUAUUAUUAUCUGUCGGCAAAGAAAUUGAAACGGCGGGGGUGAAAGGACGGGACAAUUGAAAACAUCGCGCAGAGGAGAAGGGGCUCGAGAGGAGGGUGCAUACACAACACACUUUCCCUUUAAACUGGGGAACAGCGCAUAGAUAGAGGGGGAGAAUAGAUUUUUUUAGGACAGUGAGACUGGGUGGGAGGGAGAGAGAAAUUGAAAAAACGAGAUGUCUCGAUUGUAAAGCCUAUGUGGAGUCAUGGACUGCAGCCGAGCAGGAACACUCUAGCUAGGGACACGGUUUUUAUGCAACACCGAGGCUUUGGAAUUAAUCGUUUUGGCCUUUUUGGAGCUAUCGAAAUAAAUUUAUCCUUCCCCCACGCAUUAUCAAAAAGCUGAUUAUAAUUAUUAACUUAUUUACACCUCUCUGAAUUUGCAUGAGUUUUUCAGUAUAUCUUUUACUGUCAAAUAUUUUGUUAUAAUAAGCAAUCUAAUUGUAUUUCAUUUAUAUCCAUCAUUAAAAGCAUGACAUCAACCAUUAUGCCGUUUAGUUCUCGAUAGUGUCAGCAUAUACAUCGAAUCUCGAGAGUUAUUCAAUAACUACUAAGCUACUAAACAAAAUGAUUAACACGAGUUUAACACUUAAUUUUUAACAUUCAUGCUUUUAAAGACAAGGCAUAACUGCCAUAUUUUACAUCGCCUCAAAACUCGAAUGAAUAUCUGUAUACAAGUAUGUUCUUAAUUUCUUGUUGAGCAACAUGACAAUAACUUUCACACAGACAAUUAUCCAACUUAGAUUUUAAAUAGAGACUAUCAGUUUGUAAAAGGCAGAUUCAUAGCCGUUAGCCUACAACUCCCCUUUUUAAUACAUUAAGCUUCUCAUAAAAAGUAUUUGUUGUCGUUUGUCCAGAAUGGAUACUUCUUGGAGUAAUUUUCUGUUUCAGCAGACUGCCCCAUCACAAACCCAGUCUGAUCCACCACUUCAGUCACAGCUUCUGCCAGAUAUGUCUGGCUCGGCCCAGAGCCCCCCUUCAGAGCACAUAGCCCAUCCCCCAUCUACCGUUGACACAGCUGCGCUGAGUGAGGAGCCUUUACCUGUGAAAUCAGUUUCAAAGACCAGUCGCUCAACUCAUAUCUGUGCCACAUGUAAUAAGCAGUUUAAGAACAGUUACAACCUCCGACGCCACCAGUCGGUACACACGGGCAUCAAGAUGAAGGACAGAGCAACCAGGGAGACAGAAGAGGGGGGCAAGGGGGGAGGAGGACGUGUGGAAAGACAAACUGUGCCUCUUUCCCUACUCCAUCUCUCUCUUCCCCCUCCUCCUCCGCCACCUCAACCUGAGCCCCUCCCUCAACCUACCCCCCUCAAUAACCAAGAUAGCGAAACUGUGUCCAUUGCAACAGCAACUGUUACCAUGGCUGCAGCCCAGGCUAUCCAAACUGCAGUGGUGGUUGUGGGGUCAAUGGAACAGAACCCACCCAACCCCAACUUGAACACAAACCCAAACUCUACCCAAGUGCGGAAAAACCAUGGCUGUGAAGCAUGUGGAAAGGCCUUCCGGGAUGUGUACCAUCUGAACCGUCACCGACUUUCUCACUCUGAUGAAAAGCCCUACUCCUGCCCAAUUUGUCAGCAGCGUUUCAAGAGGAAAGACCGCAUGAGCUACCAUGUGCGAUCGCACCAGGGUGGCGUAGAGAAACCCUACGUGUGUCCGCACUGUGCCAAGGCUUUUUCACGACCUGACCAUCUCAACAGUCAUGUUCGACAGGUGCACUCCACUGAGAGACCCUUCAAGUGCACGACCUGCACAUCUGCAUUUGCAACUCGGGACCGUCUUCGUGCCCAUUUGAUCCGCCAUGAGGAGAAGGUGCCAUGUCACAUCUGUGGCAAGCUGCUAUCAGCAGCCUACAUCACUGAUCACAUGAGAGUCCACAACCAAUCUCAGCACCAUGCCUGCCACCUGUGCAACCGGAGCUUCACAACCCUCACCUAUCUGCGUGUCCAUGCCCAGAAGCACCAUGGGCAGGAGUGGAAGGAGAGUGGAGGGGCACGGGGCAGCUUUGGUGGAACAGGUGCUGGAGGAGUUUUGCUUUGCCAGUUAUGUGGGGUCCAGUGCAAGACAAUCACGCAGCUUCAGGGCCACAUGGGCACACACACAACUCCUCAAAGUGCCCCCAGUCCAUCCAGCCCCGUGGGCACUACCAGCGUUGCCGUGACCGUGUCGGGUAGUACCCCUGUGGGACUUCUGGUGACGGACUGCUCCAGCAUCGCCCCUCAGCCCCAUAGUUAGCUUACCGGACUGAGGGGGGGACUCAACAGUGAACAUUGAAGACUUCAGAGUUUUACCUCCUCCACUGCCAAAGGUGGAUCGAGAACGAGAGAUGAUCAUGAAUUCCUCCAACUAUUUGUCCAAUCAGCCCUUACUGCCAAAUUGUAUACACUGCAGGACUUGGACUUGAUGCAUAAGCUCCAAAUAGAGAACACUUAUUUGAAGCUGUGAUUAUAAACUUUUCCCACGGCAAAAUAAGUCAAAGCUAUUAUAUGCUUGCCUCAACACAAGACAAAACACAGUAGAGUUGUAAAGUACAAAUACAAGGAACUAUUGUGGUGUUCUGUUUUCCAUCUCCCUUUGAACCCUAGUACAAGCCUGGUCCUAACCAGACUCUCGUACAUUUCAUUUGUACAGAGAGUCUGGCCUCGCUCCAUUGACAAGCGUUGACUUC